AUGUUUGACAAAUUGAAGCGGAAGGUCAAGAAUUUGAAAGAUUCCGGUGGUGACACGGAGAAUUUACCAAACGUUGGGGCUUCUGGUGAGCUUUCUAAACGUGAAAUCUAUCGCAACAGAUACAAUUUUGGCGUCAAUUUUGGGUCGUUGUUUGUGCAAGAAAGCUACAUUUACCACUCUUUGUUCUCGGAAGGCGGCGGAAACGAGCACGAUGCCAUUGCUGCGCUUGUGGCCAAGUCUUCAACUGAAGACGUGGCUAAAAAGCUCCAAGAACACUACGCAAGUUAUGUCACAGACCAAGACUGGCAAUGGCUUCAAAAUGAUGCUGGUGUGACUGCGAUCAGAUUACCUAUCGGGUACUGGCACGUUGACAAUGGCCGUUUUGUCACAAGCGACAUGAAAUUCCAGGAUCUCAAAUCGGUCUACGAGGCUGCACAACCAUGGGAUGCAGUGCACAGGAUCGUGCAGAAAGCUGCAGAACAUAACAUCGGCGUCCUGAUCGAUAUCCAUGGCGUUCCCGGCGGAGCUAACAGCGACGACCACUCUGGCGAAAGUAACGGCGGGCAAGUAAAGUUUUUUUCCACCCGUGAGUUCGUCUCUAGCGUGGUUGACGACAUGGUGCCCUUCAUUGUCCAAGACAUAUGCCAAACCAACGAAAACGUCAUUGGCUUGCAGGUUAUCAACGAGGCGGCCUUCAGUGAUUCUGCAAAACACGAAAAGAAGUUCUAUUCCAAAGUGAUUGACGCCGUUCGAAGCGUCGACGAUAAUUUACCUGUGGUCAUAUCUGAUGGCUGGUGGCCAUCUCAAUGGGCCGAAUGGCUUGAAGGGAACAAUCUCACCAAUAGCGUGGUCAUAGACUCCCAUGUAUACCGGUGCUUCUCCGAUAGUGACAAGUCGAAAACAGCCGGUCAGAUCACCGAAGAACUCCCCCAGUCUGUCAAUCUUGCCAACGACAAGGCUGAUUACGUUGUGGGCGAGUUUUCCUGCGUAUUAGACGGCCAAACAUGGGACAAAACCAAAGAAUCGCGCGAGGAGUGUGUCCGGAAGUAUGGUCAAACCCAAACGCAGGUUUUCCAGGACAAGGCCAGUUGGGGCUGGUUUUUCUGGACCUUUAAAUUUCAAGAGGGCGAUGGCGGCGAGUGGGGGUUCCAGCCCAUGAUCAGCAGUGGAGCUUUGCCCAGGCGUCCUCGCGAGGAUCCAGUCAUCGAUGACAGCAAAAUCCAGAACAUUAUUGAUGGCCAUAUCGGUUAUUGGAAGGACAAAGGCGGGGAGAAGUUCCAACACUGGCGUUUUGAGGAAGGCCUUCAGACGGCCCUUGCGGAUAUUCGCGCCUUUAAUAGCUUUGAUCAUUCGCGGGUGGGUAGAACCCAUUUUUUCAAGUCGUUAAGAAAGAGUCAGCAUGUCGCCGACAAAGGCAACGGAGAGUAUGUUUGGGAAUGGGAGCAGGGCUAUGAUCAGGGACUAGCGGCUUUCAACAAGUAUUUGUGA